GCUGUAGCCUUAUCCAAUGAAAAAGAGUGUUGGUGUCUUCCUCGCAGCGUCCCAUGUGUGUGAGUGAGUGCUAGCAAAGCAACCAAAAUGCUUCGUCGAGAGACGAGACUGAGACGGGAGUACCUGUAUAGGAAGGCCCAGGAGGACCGAGUGCGGACGAUUGAGGAGAAGAAACAGAAGCUGAAAUCUGCUCUUGAUGACAAUCGUCUCAUCCCAACUGAGGUUCGCAGAGAAGCUGUUCAGUUACAGAAAUUGCUGGAGUAUGACGAUGAGGGAGCGGAAGGUGUCAGCUCUCACAUGGAUGAUGAGUAUAAAUGGGCUGGAGUGGAGGAUCCAAAGGUCAUGGUCACAACGUCAAGAGACCCCAGCUCUCGACUCAAGAUGUUUGUCAAAGAGGUGAAACUGAUCUUCCCAGGCGCUCAGCGUAUGAACAGGGGAGGUCAUGAGAUCAAAGCUCUUGUACAAGCCUGUAAAGCCAACAAUGUUACAGACCUGAUCAUUGUUCAUGAGACCAGAGGACAGCCAGAUGGGCUGGUGGUGUGCCACCUACCUUUUGGACCAACUGCGUACUUCACCCUUUACAAUGUGGUAAUGAGACAUGAUGUGCCAGACAUUGGAACCAUGUCUGAGGCCUACCCCCACCUCAUCUUUCACAACUUCUCCUCACGACUUGGCCAGAGGGUUUCCAAUAUCCUCAAGUAUUUGUUCCCAGUGCCUAAAGAGGACAGUAGACGAGUUAUCACAUUUUCCAACCAGGAGGAUUUUAUAUCUUUCAGACAUCACACUUUCAAGAAAACGGACCACAAGAACGUUGAGUUGUCAGAAGUUGGACCCAGAUUUGAAAUGAAAUUGUACAUGAUCAAGCUUGGUACCCUGGAGAAUGAGGCUACAGCGGACGUUGAAUGGCGCCACCACUCCUACACACACACUGCCAAAAAGAGGAAGUUUCUCAGCGUGGAGUAGCCUCAACCCAUGUGCCCCUCUCAUGGACCGCUCAUGGCAAAAGCAGCCUAACCACAUAGUUGCAUAAUGCUGUGUUUUAAGUUUUACACACCAUUCCUCAGAUAUGUAUUUCAUGUUAAUAUGGUGUCAGACCUUGGAUAAUUUCAUGGAAACAGACUUUACCAGAUAAGUUGUGUAUAAUACAAACUAGAUUUUGACUGGACUGAAUAUAUAUUUUUACUUCAAUGGUUUUGUACUACAUAUGGGUAUUUCUAUAAAUAAAGGGGCCAAUGUGUGACAUCUGGGUAAACAUUUCUAAAUGGUUUGAUAUACAUUUAAAUAUGAUUUUCUUGCAGCUUCACAUGUAUAGUUACAGGAAUAAGAGUAGAUAGGCACAAUGAAAUGAAACAUGAACACUGUAAUGCCUAGUAGCCAGGUCUGUUUGAGCUUUAGUCAACUUCUCUAAAAUGUAUAGCCAUGCAAAACCUUCCAGAAUAAUAAAAAAGAUAAACAACAGCAUUUCUAUAUUUUGUAAUAGUUUAUAUAAUUUAAUACAAUGGGUUCUGUCAACAAAAUCAUUGACAAUAAUAACCACAAGAAAUGCUCACUGGUAUCUGAGUUUAUAGAAAGACCCAUAUGUACUGUAUCUGAGCUAGUGACUUGCCCAGAGAUGAUCAACAUGUGAAAAUAAAAGCAGUCCCAGGUUUUAA